GGCUGCUUCUCCAUAUAAUUACGUGCAGCGUUUGGAGGAAACACAUGAAACAUUGAAAUGUGAGACUGAAGUGUGUUAAUCUCACAUUCACACGAGUGUUGUAAUGUCUCAUUCCCGUCAUUGCUAGUAGUUUUAAUCGGUGGGUCAGAGUCAGGCAGAGAAACGCACUCGGAGCUCUUUGGUCUGACUUCAUCUCCAGAGAGCGAGGCUAGCAGACCUGACUGAUUCAGAAUGGAUGUGUUCGCGAGCGGACAGAAGAUGUUGGCGGGAAAGGGUGCAGCGUGUCUGACAUGUAAAGGGAUCUGCUCUGGAUUCCAGCCACAUUCCUGGAGGAAAGCUUGCAUACAGUGCCGCUGCAGUCAGGAGGAGCAUGUGUCCAGCUCCGACACUGAGGAUGACCGCAAGGUGGGGAGACUGCUGGCAGAGUCCCGUUAUGCCCAUCUCACAACUAAGGUUAAGGGAGGAGACGGCACGAGGGUCUAUAAACGCAACCGCAUGAUUGUCACCAACCCAGUGGUCUCACGUAAAGACCCAACAUUCAACACCGUCACCUAUGACUGGGCCCCACCAGGCCUCACCCAGAAACUGGCGAUGCAGUACAUGGAGCUUCUCCCUGAAGACAGGCGACCUGUGGCUGGCACAGCAGGAUCGUUGUAUCGCCACAAGCAACUGAUAAGACAGCUACCUUCCUACGAUCACGACCCUGCAUACUGCCACAGCCUGUCUGAGGUGGAGUUGAAAGCUAUGGCUCAGUUUGUGAAAUCCUUUAAGGAGGAAUCCUUAGGAGUAGGAGAGGUUGCCCUGCCUGGAGAAAAAUGUACAGCAGUGAAGAAUGAAAAGGCCUCCCAUGAACAACCAGAUCCUGAGACUACUGCAAAUGGAACAGCACAGUCUCCGCUCAGCAAUAAGAGUGAAUAUCAUUGCAGUGGCUGUGGACAGUUGGCAGCUAUGGACAGUCCUGUGGUGUACGCCGACAGGGCCGGGUACACUAGACUGUGGCAUCCCAACUGCUUUGUGUGCUGUGAGUGUGGCGAGCCUCUGGUGGACCUGAUCUACUUUUGGAAGGAAGGAGCGCUGCUGUGUGGACGCCAUUACUGCCAGAGCAUCAGACCUCGCUGCCUGGGCUGUGAUGAGCUGAUCUUCUCAGAAAUGUUCCUGCAGGAGGCCAGCGGUCAUGUGUGGCAUAAGGAACACUUCUGCUGCUGGCUGUGUGGGCAGAAUCUCAGAGUUCAAUGUGCUUGUGACAAGCAGCAAUCAAAAUAGUUCAGAAUAGACAGAAAAUACUCCAAAAUAUGUUAAAAUGGCACUUUCUGUGUUUUAAAGACAAUUUUCCACUAUUUUAACUUUUUUUUAUUGGUGUAAUUUUUGAUUUGCUUAUAGAAAUCCAUGCAAACCCUGACAUAUUAUUCUAUGGCAGCAUCCUCAAAAAUACAAAAUAUCAGUGUUUAUUGAAAGUCUAGGACCUAUUAAAGGGGUCAUGAAUUGAGAAAUCAAAUUUUCCCUGAUCUUUUGACACAUAAGACGUCAUUGUACUAAAAUGUAUAAAAAUAGAAUGUAGUUUGCAGAACUUCCUUGUUAGUCCAAAAACAACUUCUCUUGAAACCAAGCUGCCAAAACUAGUUUCCACUUCUGAGUUUUAAUAGAGUAAUACGUCAGCAACAAGAUUGCCUGCACAGACACAAGUCAAUGCCUGAUUCAUCAUCGCACGCCCACAAAGUAAAUUCCCGAGUGUUAAAUUAACACUGCUUGGAGCAUA